UCAACGUCAGAAGCGUAUACUUUUAACCAUGUUAGAGCCACGUGUCAGGAUCUGAUUGAAUGGCGCUGCGAAGUGGAUCCUCUCCGCAGUUGUUCGAGCCUACUAUAUAGUUUCCUUUGGUCGCAGAAAGUGAACCCCAUUUAGCAAAAUCGAAAGCGAAGAAGAAAAAUCAUGGCGGCUUCAAAGCUUCAAGCUUUAUGGAAUCACCCAGCUGGUCCCAAAACUAUUCACUUCUGGGCACCAACAUUUAAGUGGGGUAUCAGCAUUGCCAAUAUUGCCGAUUUUGCAAAACCACCUGAGAAAAUUUCCUAUCCUCAGCAAAUAGCUGUUACUGCUACUGGAGUUAUCUGGUCACGUUACAGCACUGUUAUCACUCCAAAAAAUUGGAACCUAUUCAGUGUAAAUCUUGCAAUGGCAGCAACUGGCAUGUACCAACUCUCACGUAAAUUGCGGCAUGACUAUUCCUCUGAGGCAGCUGUUGCAAAAGAAUGAUGACGAAAACAUUUGAAAAUCCCUAGUUACUGUGUCUAUGGAGGGGGAUGGCCUGUUUGUAAUUUCCACACACAAUUGAAUUCUUGGUUUUGAACUAGUAAUUUCAUUCGUACUUUGGCAGGGCAAGAACUGUUGGAUCAUCCUCUAUUGUGUAUUUUCUUUUAUUUGAAUGUUGUAGAAUAAGGGAUUUUACACAAGUAGUGAAAUGAAUGUCACAAGUCCCGAAUGAGCCCCUUGAUAUUUC